UGGAACAGGCAGAAAAGCUGCUGCAGCGACGUCCCACCGCUCUGCAUCAAAGGAAAGAAGCAGCACCACGAUCCCGACCAAAGACCCAGUUCACAUUCAUCUAGAAGAAGCUCCAUCCAUCAGAUCCCUGCCGUCUCCUUCCUGCAGCGCUGGUUGUCGAUGUGAAACCUCUGGACCUGCAGCAGAGACACCAUGAGGGACUAGGACCAGAACCCGGCCUUCAGCGUUCUUCCGUCACCGCUUUGUCUCCACCACCUCGUGGCCUCUGGGCAGAGCAGCACCAUGGAGGCGAACCAGCAGCACAAAGGGGAGGCCGUGACCUCACAGCCAGCAGAGCGACAAGCCCCGCCCCCAACGACGGACGGGCACGAUGCCAAUCGAUCAGAGGACAUGGAUCACCUGACAGUGAUCAGCGACAACACGGAGAACAGUAACGGCGUUGGCCCCCUGGCGGCGGACUCCUCCCCCACCGUCUCCUCAGUGACGCCCAAGCUUCACGCUAAGCCCGGCGGUCACGCCAACGGGCGGCCCGGCCCAGCCAGCCGGUCCGGCUCAUUGGCGCCGGGCUCCCCGAGGCCCUCGCUCACCCGUCGGCCCAGCGCCAUGCCGGAGGCGCCGGCUGACGGGUCCAAGCCGCGGGACUACCUGAUCCUCGCCAUCCUGUCCUGCUUCUGUCCGCUGUGGCCCAUCAACAUCGUGGCCCUCACCUUCUCCGUGAUGUCCAGAAACAGUCUGCAGCAGGGCAACGUGGAUGGGGCUCGCCGUUUGGGCCGCAACGCCAUGAUUCUGUCCGUGGUGGCCAUCUUGGGAGGGAUUGUCAUCAUCAUUGCGGGCAUCGCCCUCAACUGGGGACUGAUUUUGAAAUCCUGAUUGAAGAUGGCCUCCCAACCGACACACCACCGCCCCCCCAACCCCCGAUCGCCUGCGCCGGAUGAAAAGAAAAAAAAUGCUCCUGUUCUUUGCUGUUGUUUCUUGCUGCACGACGAGCACGUCCUGCCUGCCGCUCGACCUCCAAUCCGCCUCCGACUAGGAUACAUCACGCUGUGCUCAUUUCACUCUGCGCCAGCAGCUUGUCUCCUGCUUACCUUCUUCUGGCCACGUUCCCCCGGGGGGUCGGCUGGAAGCCAACAUCCGUCUCCGUGGAAACAGGGUAAUUUCGUCUCCGGGCAAAAGGUCCGGCUCACCAUCACCGUGUGUUUCCACUGUUUGAUGCCAAAUGAUGAAAAACGUAGAGCUGAACUGAGGGUGGGAGACAAACUGUGAAAUGCUCAUCAUCCAGAUGGUGCUGCUGAUGAAGGUGGUAUGAAGGUGGUGGACUCGCGCUAAACUCAAGGAUCCGCCUGCUGAUGUUGAUCUCCAGAUGCUUCUGCGUUUGCUGCUUAUAUCGAUGUUCUCAUGUAAAAGUGUUUGUCCUUUUGGUCCAAGACGCAUUUUUGGAUUCUGAGUCUGAAAUCCUGAUGAAUCUUUCUAUUACGUAACAUACAUAUUUAAUCCCGUAAACCAGCUCGCAUCAUUUAAAUCUAAUCUGGUGCCAGUACCUCAAAGGACGAGCCCUUGUUCAUCUACUCGACCACAUGCUAUUUAAGGUUUUACACUUAUAAAGAAUAGAAUAUAAAAAAUAUAAACUAAAAUGAACUGUAUCACUGUGAACUAACAGGACCUCAAACAACACACCGGUACUUAUAUUUCAACUGUUUUUAGUACAAUAUUUACUCAAGUACUGUGUUUCCGAGGUGACAUCUCGUUUUACAAAAAGUUACAUUUGAACAAACAAAUUAGGAGAAAUCACAAACGCAAAUAGAAAUAAUAAAUAUUUUGUUCCCACAAGUCUGACUAAAAUCGUAUUAUCUGCUCUUUCAACUCAAGUACCGUUUUAAAGUACUGGUACUUUGCUGGAAUAUUUCAAUAUUCUGCUACUUCAUACUUAAACUGUCCAACAUUUUAUUAUUUAAACUGAUUCAGAUUAUUAGAACUAAAUAUAAUCUACUAAUAAAUUAUGAUGUUUUCUCACUGAUUAAACUACCAGAAGUACAUGAAAUCAUUAAAAAGAGCUCAAAGUGAUGAACAUGCAACUAUAAUAUGUAUUAUUCUGCAUCAUAAGUGUUUUAAAGUAUUUUUACUUGAAGUAUCACUACUUUACUAAAGUACGCGUUCUGAAUACUUCUCCCACCAUUGUGGGAGAUCAAGAGCAAAAUCCAGCUUUUAUUUCUGUAUUUGACUUUCUUUGAUGAGCAGUUUGAACACAUGACUAGGUUGGGGUCAGCAUCUGGGACACAAUAUUAGUACUAAUAGUACCAGUAGUACCAUUAGGACCAUAGGAACCAUUUGGACCAGUAGUACCAGUGGUACUAUAAGGACUAUUGUUACUAGUAGUGUAAUUAGGGUCACUUGGACCAGUACGACUAUUGGACCAUAGGGCCAUUUAGACCAGUAGUACCAUUAGGACCAUUAGUACCAUUAGUACCAGUAGUACCAUUAGUACCAGUAGUACCAGUAGUACCGGUAGUACCAGUAGUACCGGUCUGCCCUACACUAACAUGAAGCAGCUGUUGUGUUGACUUAAAGACGUGAUAUUUAACUACAAUAACUCAGAGCUCAGCUUGACCUUCGUGAGUCAGCAGUUUCGUCCUCUGGAGAUCAAGCCGGGCCGAACCGAGCCGAGCGAGGACGGGACGUUUACAGAGAACUUUGAGGAAAUGAGCUUCUGGCGUAGAGCUAAUUCAUCUUCUUAUAACCCUCUGCAUGUUUACAGUAUUUACUACACAGUGCUUUUACAGAAGAUCCUCGAUUAGCCGGAGCGCUAACGGAGCGCUAACGGGGCAGCGCUUUGUGAAUAAACAAUUUAGGGGGCGGAUCUUCCUUCCGUUGGACACGAGGACGCUACUCACCAACCAACAGCUUGCACAUGGGAGUUUUUACUGAGAGGGCGAGGUCAGGUGAGGUCAGGUGAGGUCAGGUGAGGUCAGGCUGAGACUGUGUGCGUAGCAUGCCUGUUUACUAACCACAUUAUGCAAUACUAUGUUCCCAGCUCGAUGUACCUAUGCUAGCUUCUCUGAGUUCUGCGCUGUCGUGUACUUGUACACGGAUGUUUAUAGACGGGGUUGUGUACUUGUACACGGUUGUGUACUUGUAGCUGUGCUUGCGCUGCCUCUCAGAGCUGCUCCAGUGUUUUUACACUUUGAUGAUUUUAACUGACUGUUAAAUCUCCCGCUAUCGUUUGCGUGGUUUUUCUCUCACUCACUAACGUUGUAUUUUAUCAUAUGAAUGUACAAUUAUGUGUAAUACUACUGGCACAAGUUCUGUAAAUACAACAACUCCUGAGUUAAUGAAUAGAAAACGGCUGCGUAAACUUCUUAAACUCGCGUGACGCACAUACAAAUGCAGCUAAAUACGUGAGGAAAAUUUCUAAUUAAAAGGAAGUACUUCAAUGUUAAAUCUGAAUAAAAAAAAGACAACUUUACACAAUAACCAAAUACUUUCACGCCUUCCUGUAAGUUACUGUAUUAAUGUGAGUACGAGACAGGAGUUCAACACUACGAGCAGACGCAGUAAAUAUGAAUGAGUGUAAAAUGACAGCGAUCAUAAACAUGCUGAGAAACUUCUGCAAAACUUCUCCUGGUUCACUGGACGUGUCAUGUGAUAGUAUUUCCUUAUUCAAACUUUCUUUCCUUCCUUAUUGGUGUGUAACAUGAUUAUUAAUUCAUUUUAUUUGAUUUUUGCCAUCAGCCCCUUUGACGCCGAUCGCCUGGUCUUUUGUAUUUUUUGUAUUUCUAUUCCAUCCUCUGGAUCCUUUUUGUAUCUCAAGAUAACCUGCUGUUUGUAACGCUCGCGAUCAAUCCGCUGCCUGCUGGCUUUUUCUACACGGUGAGGUGGGCGGAGCAUGAAAAGGCCUCACUACGCCCUCUCAUCUCCUCACACACCGGACUCCUUCCGUGCCUGUGCAUGCCUUAACAUGUGAAGCAUCCACGGGGAAUAAUCCCAGAGGGAGUAAUCCCAUAAUCCUAGAUGGAAUAAUCCCAGCGGGAGUAAUCCCAAUCCUAGAUGGAAUAAUCCCAGAGGGAGUAAUUCCAUAGAGGAUGAUCCCAGAGGGAGUAAUCCCAUAAUCCUAGAUGGAAUAAUCCCAGAGGGAGUAAUUCCAUAGAGGAUAAUCCCAGCGGGAGUAAUCCCAUAAUCCUAGAUGGAAUAAUCCCAGCGGGAGUAAUCCCAAUCCUAGAUGUAAUAAUCCAAGCGGGAGUAAUUCCAUAAUCCUAGAUGGAAUAAUCCCAGAGGGAGUAAUUCCAUAAUCCUAGAUGGAAUAAUCCCAGAGGGAGUAAUUCCAUAAUCCUAGAUGGAAUAAUCCCGACGGGAGUAAUUCCAUAGAGGAUAAUCCCAGAGGGAGUAAUCCCAUAAUUUUAGACGGAAUAAUCCCAUAAAGGAUAAUCCUUAGUCCCAGUCCAAUCCCACCUCCUCAAUGACACUUCUACCACUGGAUUAAAUGGGUGUGUCGGUGCAAUAUAUGUGUAUUUAUCUAUAUAUAAAAAAAGCCUCUUAUACAAAGGCUGAACAUUGUUUUCAUUCUCAGGAUUACAGGAAGCAUGAAAUAAAACAACAUGUCCUCAUCCUA